UUCAGCAUAUCAUGAUGGGUGUCCAGGGUUAGCGGAAGGCGUCAAGGCGCUCAAAAGAGGUUUCAAUUCUUUCGUCUCGUGAUGAUUUAAAAUCAAUGCCAAUCUGGCUUGUCUCUGUCCCUCUUUUUCUGGCUUCCAGAAACCACAGUGAGCUGACAAGUAGAACAAAAUGCUGCCAUUCUUCCUCAAAUAGAGCAUCGACAGGGAACCCGAAUCACCCUAGGUACCAAUGUGAAUCCCACCAGCACAGAUAUCGCUUGUGCCUCAAGACCACUAAUAGUCACACCUACACAGACCAAGGCACAGCACACUGGGCAGCAGCCAGGACUCUCCUAACAUGUUCAUCUCCCUUCCCCCUCCCUUUCCUGUACCCGUAGUCGCCCAGCCCAUCAUCCCACGCCAUCCUCCCCAGCACCCAGCACCCAGCACCCUGUCCGAACGCAAUGCACCAUGCACCAUGUAUGUAUGUACCACGUACACGUAAUACCCAUGCAUGUACAGUACUUACCCCGCACGCCCAUCCCCUGCAUC